AUGAAGUCCACGUGUAAUAGUGCUGGACGACCUAACAAUAAAAAUGCUAUUAAGUUUAGUCAGCAACCAAGAUCAACUGUGUCGCUGUUUCUUCUAAAGGAACGACAAAAUAAAUUUGAUAAGAAAGAAUCAUGUAUUGCCAACACAUUGCCUGUAACAAUCAAUCCAGAAAAUGUAUCUCAUGACGAAGUAAUACAAAAUCACGAAAAACCAGGAAAAUUAUGUUUUGUAGAAUGUAAUCUAGACAUAAGUGAUACGUUAAAACCUUUAGAGGAACCUGUCUCAAAUUUAAUCAAUGUUUCCUCUGAAUUUAAAAAUAUUCUGCCAUCUCUUGAAAUAAACCACACUCAAAUAUUUGAAUUUAAUAAAAAUCUAGUUGAAGGACAGAUAAGCCAUGGAAUGAAAAGUAUUAUUGUAGGAGGCAUGAAAUUAUUUUCAUGUUCAUAUCCACAGUGUACUUAUAAUACAAACAAUUCAUCUAAUAUGUCCAAACAUAAGAGAACUCAUUCUCAAAUUAAGCUUUAUCAGUGUGAUCAAUGUACAUUUAGUACCAAAUUUUCUAAUUCUCUAAAUGUACACAAGCGACUUCAUACACAAGAAAAACCAUUUGCUUGUCAUAAUUGUGACUAUAAAUGUAAUAGCAGUUCUAAUUUAAAAAAACAUCUCAAUCAUAGACAUUCCACUCAGUAUAUUCAACCAACUUCUUCCAAUAAAAAUAUUUAA